CUGAUGGCAGAGGCGCAAGUAGUGUUGACAACGCCGCCCUGGAUCUCUUCUGUUUUUAUUCAUUUCUCUAAGGUUUUUUAUUUGGAAACAACAAAGCGAAUCUGGAGGAAAGGAAAGACAUGUCUUAAUGUAUUUCAUACCGGUGUCUGAUCCAUGUGGCAGUCAGCUGAAGCAUGCUGGAAGAAUGCAGCCCUUAACCAGAAGAGAUGCCGGAGUCUGGCAUCAGACGAGGAGCCUGCUCUACAAAAACCUGCUGAUCAAAUGGAGGACCAAACAACAGAGUCUCCAGGAGCUGAUCUUGCCUUUGCUCCUCCUGGGUCUUCUCAUCCUCAUCAGCACCCUCAACCCUCAUGUCUCCUAUGGCAGCAUCAGCACCAAGGAACUAGAGUUCGAGCGGGAACUGCCAGUCAAAGGCCUGGGUUACACCCCCAUCACCAAUUUCACCAAUCACAUCAUGGAAGAGGUGGCACGCGAACUGACUAUGAAUGAGCAUUUAGACAUGUUCUCCACCGAGGCUGAUUUAGAGAAUGCCAGUCUCUAUGAACCCGAGGGAUACGUUGGAGUGGUCUUUUUGGAUUCGAUGUCGUAUCGUCUGCGAUUCCCGUACAGCCAGCUUCCUCUGCCUAGUGACUUCACUGAAUCCAUAACAAGCUGUUACACCAACUAUGUCAACUGCCGUGCCGCCAACUACUGGUAUUCUGGAUUCAUACGGCUACAGUCUGUCAUUGAUGCUGCCAUUAUACAGAUGAAGACCAAACGUCCGGUGUGGAAUGAAUUAAAAGUACGUGCAGUGAUGAUGGGACAUCCAGGUUCAGUGGAGGUUCAGAAGUUCCCUCAUGCACUGAUCUCCAUCUACUUAGUGUUGGCCUUCACACCCUUCGUUUCCUUCCUCAUUGUCAAUGUGGCAGCUGAAAAAGAGCAGCGGCUCAAAGACACCAUGGGCAUGAUGGGAUUGUAUGACUCUGCCUUUUGGCUUUCAUGGGGCCUUCUCUAUGCUGCCCUAGUGACUACCAUGUCCAUUCUAAUGGCUGUUAUUGCGACCUGCACACCCCUGUUCUCCAACAGCAAUUUCUUUGUCAUCUUCCUCCUCAUUUUCCUCUAUGGAAUAUCCUCGAUUUUCUUCUCCUUCAUGUUGACCCCGUUGUUUAAGAAGCCCAAGUUUGCCAGUACAGUGGGCUCAAUGCUGACGGUGGUGUUCGGCUGUCUGUCGCUCUUCACUGUGUUGAUGAGAGAUUUCCCUCAGUCUGCUGUGUGGCUCCUCUGCCUUCUGUCCCCCAGUGCUUUCUCUAUCGGCAUCGCCCAGGUGGUGUAUCUGGAAGCUCAAGGGGACGGCGCAGUGUUCUCAUCUCUGGGCAAUGGUCCUCACGCUCUCUAUGUUCCACUGGUCAUGCUGUUUUUGGACUGCAUUCUCUACCUGCUUUUAGCCAUUUACCUGGACCAGGUGCUACCAGGCGAGUUUGGCACAAGACGCUCAGUGCUGUAUUUUCUAAAGCCGUCCUAUUGGUCCAAGCGGAGGAAGCGCUAUGUGGAGGUGAGCUCUGUGUAUGAGGGUGAAGUGAACGGGAUGCCUGCGCUUGACGAAUCGGUGGAGGCCGUUUCUCCUGAGUUCAGAGGCAAAGAGGUUAUCAGGAUCUGCAAUAUCCGAAAAAUUUAUAGGGAGAAGGAUACUAAAGUGGAGGCUUUAAGAGGGUUGACUUUUGACAUCUAUGAGGGUCAAAUUACAGCCCUGCUGGGUCACAGUGGAGCAGGAAAAUCCACCCUUAUGAACAUCCUGUGUGGCAUUUGCCCCCCUACCGAAGGCACGGCCACCAUCUAUGGGUCUCCGGUGGCAGAGAUCGCAGAGGGGGCCGAGAUGAAGCAGCUGGUUGGUAUUUGCCCCCAGUUCAACAUCAUCUUUGAUGUGCUCACCGUAGAGGAACACCUGAGGAUCUUUGCCGCCAUCAAAGGGAUCCUGCCCUCAGAUAUUGACGGUGAGGUGAGGAAAGUUCUAAAAGAUCUGGAUUUGGAGAAGAUUAUGGACGCACAGGCUAAAAACCUCAGUGGAGGCCAGAAGAGAAAGCUCUCUGUGGGCAUAGCAAUUCUCGGAGACCCCAAGAUCCUUCUUUUGGAUGAGCCUACAGCUGGUAUGGACCCAGUGUCUCGGCACCAGGUUUGGUCUUUACUGAAGAGCCGUAGAGCAGGCAGAGUUACUGUUCUCAGCACUCAUUAUAUGGAUGAGGCUGAUAUACUUGCAGAUCGUAAAGCUGUCAUCUCGCAAGGACAGCUCAAGUGUGUUGGCUCUUCUUUGUACCUGAAGACCAAGUGUGGAGUUGGUUAUCAUCUAAGAAUGUCAGUGACUGAAGGCUGUGAGGUGGAGGGCAUCACGUCGCUGGUCAAGCAGCAUGUUCCCAAAGCUCAGUUGUCAAGGCAGCAAGAGGCUGAGCUUACAUUCACGCUGCCUUUCGAGAGCAUGGACACCUUCCCAGGACUGUUUGCGGAGCUGGACUGUCGACCGGACCUGGGUAUCAUUAACUACGGUGUCUCCAUGACAACAUUAGAGGAUGUAUUCUUGCGUCUGGAGGCGGAAGCAGAGGUGGAUCAGGCUGACUACAGUGUGUUUAACCAGGAAAAAGUGGAAGAAGAGGGAGAUGCGUCGUCUAUGGAUGACACGGACCAGAGGCUGCUGACGUUUUCAGACAGUAGGCAGGACACAGUAACUGGCCAUGCCCUCUGGAGGCAGCAGUUUAGCACAGUGGCCUGGCUACACAUGCUCAACCUCCAGAGAGAGAGAAAACCUAUUAUAUACAAUUUGACGUUGUUCUUGGUUUUCUUGUCUGCGAUGCUGAUUCUGUCCGUGGCCACAGGAAACAUUCAGAUCCAUUCUCCUGAAAGACUGUUUUCACCAAUAUACCUGCUGCGCCGCAAUGAGGCUCCUCACAAAUACACCACCAGCCUGCUUGUGCAAAACUCCACCGAUUCUGACCUAUCAGGGUUCAUCCACAAUCUGCAGUCUCAGGACAUUAAAGUGGAAAUGAUGAAAAAGCUAGACUACAUGUCAGCAGCACCGGUCAGCGCCGCCAUCAACGUGACCGGAUCCAGUAAGGAUUUUACCUACAUUUUAGCGUUUAACAGCACCACUGUGCACUCUCUGCCCAUGGCUGUGAAUGUGCUCAGUAAUGCUCUCCUGAAAGGUUAUAACGGCACUGGACACAUUAGAACCUGGUCCAAACCCUUUGAUUAUCAAAUUCCAGAUAAAACAUCCUAUGCCCUGGUUUACAUUGAGGCUGUGAUUCUUGGGAUGUUGGCUGCUGGGAUGCCAGCCUACUUCGCAAUGGAUCACACAAGAGACAGAGAACUGAAGUGUCGCUCAACACUGAGGAUCUCUGGUCUUGUUCCUUCUGCAUACUGGUGCGGUCAGGCAGCUAUCGAUGUCCCAUUCUAUUAUCUGAUCUUAACCUGCAUGACCAGCACCCUGUUUGCCUUCCAUUCUACAAACCUGCUAACCUCCCAUAACAUCUUGUCUGUGGCUCUUUGUCUGAUUGGCUUCUCUCCAGCCAUGGUUCUCUUUACAUACUGCGUGUCCUUCAUGUUCGUCAGAGUCCAGAGCAAUAGAGACUUCUUCUCUGUUGUCUCCAUGAUGCUCUGUGUGGUUUCCGCAUCCAUAGUCCAGCUGGCUCUUGUGAAUGAAAGUGCAUCUAUGGCGCGUCUCCUCCACAAUGCACUGUGUUUCUUCAGUCCACUUUACCCUCUAAUGGGCUGCCUUAACUGCAUUACUGUGGCCACCUUUGUUCAGUCCCCUCAUGAUGAUGAUUUUCUGUGGAAGAACCUCUUCAUUUCUGUUGUGGCUCCAUACAUCCAGUGUAUUCUUCUGCUCGUCACACUAAGAUGGCUAGAGAUCAGAUAUGGAGGGAAGACCAUGAAAAAUGACCAGCUCUGCAGGAUUUCUUCCCAAGCAAAGAGCAAAGCUCAGCGGAACCCAGAGGAGAACAUGAGUGAGGAUGAAGAUGUUCAGAUGGAGAAAGCACGAGUGAAAGAGGCCAUGACCUGUCAGUGCUGUGAGGAGAAACCAGUUGUGGUGGUGAGUAACCUCAGAAAACAGUACAAAGGCAAGAGGGAGGGCUUCUCACUCAAUAAGAAAAGGAAAGUGGCCACCAAGAACAUCUCUUUCUGUGUCCGCAAAGGUGAGGUUUUGGGUCUGCUGGGUCCAAAUGGAGCAGGGAAGAGCACAAUCAUGCACAUGCUGUCUGGAGACACUGAAGCCACCGCUGGACAGAUUCUGAUGGGAGAUUAUGGCACAGACUUUCAGCCGGCGGAAAACCCCUUGGAGCAUGUAGGGUAUUGUCCUCAGGUGAACCCUCUGUGGCCCAGAAUCACUCUGCAGGAGCACCUGGAGAUCUAUUCUGCCAUCAAGGGGCUACAUCAGCGCGAUAUCCCCAACAUCAUUAAGCGUGUUGUGAAUGCUCUAGAGCUAAAGGAUCAUCUUUACAAACAGUCAAAAAACUUGUCUGCAGGGCUAAAGAGGAAGUUGUGCUUUGCACUAAGCAUGCUGGGAAAUCCUCAGAUAGUUCUGUUGGAUGAACCAUCUACAGGGAUGGAUCCUAAAUCAAAACAACGCAUGUGGAGGGCAAUCCGUGCUGCUUUUAAGAACAAACAGCGAGGGGCACUGUUGACCACCCAUUACAUGGAAGAGGCAGAGGCUGUGUGUGACCGUGUGGCGAUCAUGGUUUCUGGUCAGCUGAGGUGUAUUGGCUCAAUCCAGCACCUGAAGGGGAAGUUUGGCCGAGGAUACAGCCUAGAGAUUAACCUCAGAGAGGAGCUCACAGGUCUCCAGCAGGUAGCGCUGUUGCACAAAGAGAUACUGAAGAUAUUUCCCCAUGCUGUUCGUCAGGACAGUUUUGCCACUCUGAUGGUGUAUAAAAUCCCAAUGGAAGAUGUGAAGUCAUUAGCCAAGUCUUUUGCCCAGUUAGAAAGUGCUAAACAGAACUUCAACUUUGAAGAGUACAACUUUUCCCAGUCAACUCUUGAACAAGUUUUCAUGGAGUUUGCCAAGGAGCAGGAGAAUGAGGAAGAAGAGGUUGGAUCACUAAGCACGACUUUUCAAUGGCAGAGACUGAGACAGGACGGCCCUGUAUCCAUUAAUCACGCCGACAGCAUAGUACACCAGCUAUGAACCAAUCCUGUUCCCUGAAGCGUUCUGCCCUUGCUUCCGUCUUUCUCUUUCUCCUUCGCUCUGCAUGUGCCGUCUUUUGCCUUAAGAGCCUUAAACCCAUGGGACUCACAGGACAAUCGACUCCAGAGACUUCAAUGGCCACUAACGCACACUAAUAAUGUGUGUGUGUGUCUGUGUGUGUUUAUGUGGCUCUGGCACUGGCACUUGCUCAGAAGGAAUCAGACACAGGACUCGAGUGUCAUCCGUUAAACACAGAGCUAGACUCGUCGUCAUCUGUUUUUACAACGACAAAAAAAAAAGAUUUUAUUUUUUAAACUCUCACUUCUUAUAUCUAUCAAGCUCACCGUCACGCGUCCAUCACUGGGAAAUGAAUUUGCAUGAAGCGGGUUCCACGUUAUCAAAACAGUACCAAAGUUUCCACUUACAUCGACACCAAACUGCUUUCUUUUUUCUUUAUUUGGUGUCUGUAGCAUGGGAUAUAAACAAACUCGCAUCUGUCUGUCUGUCUGUGUAUGUGUGUGUAGAUAGCGUUAAUAUCGAUGGGUGUGUUUUACAUUUUCAGACAGGAGAAUCUGAUUUACUGUGUGCAGCAUUAACACUGAGAUUAACCAGCAUGUAGGGGCUGCUCUCCGCUUCUCGUACUCUUCUGUUUCAGGACGGAGCGGCCCUGCCAGGUGCAUGAAGCCUCUUCUGUCUCUGCUGCACUGGGAGAUCCACACGACUCCUUUCUCAAACACCAGCACGCGUUUCAGGCUUUCACACUCAGAGCUCUCCAAAGAAAAACAGGGCUAAAGCACUCGCAGUGAGUAAGCCGAUGGGUUAAAAUCAAGACAAUGAAGAACUUUUUCUCCCUCUUUCAUCCUCUUUUCUUUGUCUUGUCGUCUGGUGGCCUUCCUUUAGGAGCAGUUUUAAAACCAGUAGCUUAAGAAUGUAGUUUUCACCGUUUCCAACCAUGUAGCAUUCUAGAUUUGGUCACAUACUGCUGAGUUGGUGUGUUUUUGGUUUUCUUUAAUGAAGGUAAGAGUACUGUAGGAACCGUGAGCCUUGAAUGUACAAUGGUGUUUUAUGAUGUAGUUUAGGUUUUCGGGUGUACGUCUUCACUUUUGUGAAGGCACCUAAAUGAGAUGUUUUCUUCUGCUCCUUUUAAAGUCGGUGGUUCUUGUUUAAGAGGGUGUUUUUUUUAUAUAUUUUGGAAUAUAUUUUUGGUUUGUUUUUAAUGUGAAUUUGAUUAAAUGAUCACAUCUCAUUUUUUAUGUUCGUAAAAUCGUGAAAUUGGUGUCUGUGUGUGCACACUGGAGAAUAUGUUUCAGGAAUUAAUUAUUUACUAAUCUAUAUUUCAAAUAAUUUCACAAUAUUUUCUUUUCAUAUUUAAUGGGUGAUGUUUUAAAAUAGGUUUCAAUGCCAGAGAUGCCCAAAUUAGGGCCCUCGGGCCAAAGUUGGCCCAUGGUGACCUAUGAUUUGACCCGCAAUCCCAUCUGAAAAGAGGGGGAGAAUGAUAGGGGAUGGUUCAGAGCAGGGGUGCCCAAACCUUUUUUUGUAAAGGGCCAAAAACCAAACUUGAUUAUGAGAUGUAGGCUGAAUAUAUCACAUCGUAGUAUAUUAAAUUUGCCAUGGGUAAUGUCCUAAUUUAUCCACUAAUAUUUAAAAAAUAACUAGAAAACAUUGCUUAAAAUCAUAGUAACUAAUAUAGAAUCAUUUUGCAACUUGUUACAGUAAAAACAUAAACUAUCUGAUUUAUAACACAAUGCAGUUCAGUGCUGAAAACACUAGUCGACGUUAGGUGUGGGCAGUAUCCAUAUUUUGAUACCGUCAAACAUUCUCCCUAUUUUGCCUUGGUAUACGAUAUUGCCGUGCUUAAAAAAAUUAUGAUGUAAGGCUUAGACAGCGCCACCAAACUGUUGGCCUUGUGCCUAAACCGUUCAGAAACUGAAUCCCGUAUAGUUCGCGGUCACCUGUAUGUCUUGUUGGUAUUAGAGAUGCGUGGGACUAAAGAUGAUGUGUUCGCGAACAGAAGAGCAAAACCAAAAACUACCCAGAUAGAUGAUACAAAGUCCAGACAGCCUAUAACAAGCUGUCUGUAUAAACGCACAGACAAAUUAUUACCGCACCGCAAGAAAUCUGGUCGGCUCCCACGGUACAGCAGCGUGAAUGCAGACCUCUAGUUUGUAUUUACUACGUCUCCCUUCUUGUUCGGUCGAAACCCGAAAUACUGCCAAACUGCAGAGGUUGUGUUCUUUUUCGAGACCAGGUCACUUGGUGCUCGACUCGCCAUCUUACCCCACCUCUCUGUCUCUUGAUGACAAUCACGCAUGCGCAUUUUUAGACGUUAAAUAAAUUAUAUUUAAUACUUGUCUCCUAUAUAAGUGCAUUGUUUUUUAUGAUGGUGUAACGGUAUUGAAACUGAUACCGUUGCUAUUUUUUAGAUCCCGCGGUAUACCAUAUUACCGCCCAAGCCUAGUCAACGUGCUCCUGCUUUUGCCUUGAUUUGCUAGCCAAUGUCCUGUGCAUUACUUUUUGUCAAGUGACAGUUUUUACAAUAUUAAAAGUCUGGUUCAUUUACAACAUUUCAUUGAAACAUUUAACUUCAGUGCAGGGCUGCAGCCCUUUAGAAACUGAGUUUGACACUCCUGGUUUAGAGAAUGGCAUUUCAAAUCUAAUGUAACCUUUAGUUUGUUUGUUUUAUUGUUAAAAGCUAACUGAAAUAAUCUGAUUCAUUUACAAUAUUUGAUUGAAACAUUUAGUUUAAAUGUACGUACUGUCACCUGAUGGAUGGAGGACAAUGCAGAGACUAGUGAACAAAUCAAGAUAAAGUCAGAUUCUCCACUGUUAAUGUUUUUAUUGCAAUAAGUUAUAGUUUUAAAAGUUGUACUGCAUUAGUUAAUACAAUUUAAAGUAAUGUUCAUAUUUUUUGUUUGUUUUUUAAUUACCCAUGGCAACUUUAAUGUAAUAUAGUUUGGUAUAUUUACCUUCGGCCCAUGGCUCAUAAUGAUAUUUGGGUUUUGACCUUUUAUACAAAAAGGUUUGGGCACCCCUGUUUAAUACAUUAUUACACUGAAAAAAAAUGAUUUGAAUUGGAUUUACUACGUUUGUUUUGUUUAAAGUAAGCGCUUGCAAACUAUUUAUAUGGGCUUAAUUUAAACCCCCCCAAAAAAUGAGUUACUAUUAACAUUAAUAAAUUUAAUUUGUUUGUUUAAAUUCAGCCCAUAUAAAUAGUUUGCAACCAUUUAAACCAAAAAUUAAAAAAUCCACUGAAUCAUGUUUUCAGUAUACUUAAAGGAAUAGUUCAUUCAAAAAUCUAAAACCUCCCUUUAUUUACUAGCCCCAUAUACUGUAUAUUUCAGAUUGCAGUUUUGUUAAUGUUGUUCGAGUUUAUGCAUUAUUAAAAUCCAUACAUGACUCCAGUGGGUUGAUAAAUAUUUUCUGAAUGCAAUUGGAUUUUAUAUUCAUAUUUCAAUUAUAAAUACGUUUACAUUUAUGUGGAUAAACUGCUGUUAACUACUAGAAGGUUAUUAAGCAUUACCAACUAAAAUAUUCAUACUUUGCGAGUAAGUUGCAGUAUUCAUGCAUUCUAUUCUUAACAGGAAAUGUGGGAUUUCAGAACCAUACAAACAUACGUUUACACUUUAUGCAUCUUUCCGUUGAAUUUCUGAUUUGUCUAAAAAGCAAUUUUUCUUUUGAGCUUUGGACAACGAUGAUGAAUGAUGAACUCUGCCUCAAGUGCUGGUUCUCUUGUUGGUAGUAUUUCUGCAAAUGAAGCUUGCUCGAUGUAUCAAGGUUUCUCUUGAGCAGUUGUUAUAUUCAGUUAAAGUCAAAUUAUUAGCCUUUUAGCCCAUUUCUUUUUCAAAUAUUUCCCAAAUGAUGUUUAACAGACCAAGGAAUUUUUCUUCAAGAUAAAGUCUUAUGUUUAAUUUUGGCUAGAGUAAAAGCAGUUUUUAUUAAAAAAAAAUAUAAUUUUAUGACCAAUAUUAUUAGGCCCCUCUUAAGCAAUAUAUAUAUAUAUAUUUUUAACCUAGUCAAGCCUUUAAAUUUCACUUUAACCUGAAUACUAUUUUACUAGAUAUUUUUCAAGACACCAGUAUGUACUGACAUCAUGGCAAAGAUAAAAAAAAUUAUUAGAAAUGAGAGUUAUUAAACACUAUUUUGUUUAGAAAUGUGUUCUUCUUGUUUCUUUCUGUUAAACAGAAAUUGGGAAAAACAAUAUACAGCAGGGCUAAUAAUUCUGGAGAGCUAAUAAUUCUGACUUCGACUGUAUAUCUGAUUGUGUGAUUUGUGUUUUGUUUUAGUUUUACCCUAGCUAAAUGUGCAACCCAGGCUCAUUCUAAAAAUGUACCCCUAUAUACAUUUUUGGAGAGCGUCAAAUAUGUCCCACGAGGUACUUUUUUAAUUAAUUAAUUUAUUUUUUUGCAGUUUUUGUUUUCGCGAAUUCGCCAGAGGCCGCUGUGUACGCUUUUUGAUAUCUCAAAUUUAUCUUGCGAGUGUCGUUCGGACCUGCUGAACUGUUGACUAUAACUGUCCAGCUGAUUGAUUAUCCCACCCACCCACUUCCCUAAACCCAACUGAUAGUGUUUUCAAAAGCACCGAUUGACCAGAGCCCACCCCCUUCCCUAAACCCAACCACAGUGUUUUCAAAAGUAAUCCAGAAAAAGAAAAGCCCCCCUGAUUUUUACCACAUUCUCACCGUUAUUUUCUUUUUUGGAUUUUGUCUUACCCGCUUUCUGGAACUGUUCUUUACCAGACUCAAACCUUGUCUUCGCAGUCGACUCCUCUCUGCAUCUAAAGUCCGCUAACGUAUGCGGCAAGCCACCGGACAAACUGCUAACAACGGGAAAGCCUUCCAUACGGAGGUAAGCAGUCAGCUGCUGGAGCGAAAAGGAACGGCGUCAUACCACCUCAUAGCAUUCGUUUUAAAUACAAAAUGAAGCCAUGCGUACUUCUGGCUACAUAAUUCGCAAUGUCCAGAAAUGUGUAUAUAGGGCUACAUUUUCAGAAUCAGCCUAUGUUGCAACUGUGAAAAGGUGUACGUAUAGUAGUGUGUAAAGCUGUCCUCAAAAAUUGUAAUCAAUGACAUGUGGAUUUUAAUUUUUUUUUCCUCUGCUUCAUCUUCGUAACAAAGUUUGAUUUACAAUGAAUCAAACUGUAAUCGUCUAUUUUUUAGAGACACAGAAUUCAACCUCUGCAGCAUCUAAUGUACUGCAAAGGUUUGAAAUGAACAACUAUAUGUCCUUAUGAUUAAUCUGGGUCUAAUAAUGGCUGACGUAUGGAGCAGACACAGUGAGUUGUUGAGGGGAGAUAAUUGUAAUUUUUGCACAUAUAUAUAAAUAUAAAUCUAUAGCCUUUCAUGUCAGUAAUGUAUAACAUUUUUCUGUAAUGUUUUAAUACUGACCAGUUUAGUCUUUUCUGGACUGGGUUGGAAUGGGAUGAUUAUACUGAACACUAUCUAACAAAUAUUUAACCAAGACCUUUAUUUCCUCCAAAGUGCAAUAUAUGAAUACUCGUGCGUGUGAGUAAUUAAUGCAUUACUGUGUAGACGUGUCAUUGCAAUAUCGCAAUAUCAAUGUUGUCUCUCUUGUGAACUAAGAUGUGUCUUGCAGUACAAUGUAGCCACAAAUAUAUAUAUACUCUUUUAGAAUGCUUUGCACUCUCUUCCUCUCUAGUGCCCAUUACCUGCCCUUUGUAUGCAAAAAUUCCAUUCGAAAAGAAAUCGUAUUCAGGAUGUUGUUCCUUUUUGGACUAGUGGAUGUGAAGAAGUUGCAUAUGUUUAUUUUUGGUUGUUUUUCAUGCACUGAUAUUUUAUUUGUCCGUUUUCAACCCCUGAGAUGUUCAACACUCUGUUCAUUUUUCACCUUUUGGGGGUUAAAAUAAAUACGGUAAAACUUUCAA